AAUACUCAUCCUCCACUGUCUAUACACACCUCUCACUUCCGCAUCGCAUUUCUCCCUCAAUGCGCCUUCAUCCUUUCUGUCAAUAAUCAAUCCUGUGCCAUCCACUGCAACCUUUCCUAUGGCAGAUGUGUCUUUACCUCACAGCUCGGGGCCCGAGCCCGAUGCGCCGCCAUCCAGUGCUGGCUCUGCCGGCCACUCCGCAGCUAUCGAGCUGCGUCCGGGUCCGGCCCCGAUGACGGAGGAAUUGAAGGCUAAGAUGGACAAAGUCAUCUAUUCCGAUAUUGGUAUCACCACUCUCCUGACCCGGCUAAAGCAGAGUGUUUCAUCUGCCAAGGACUUCUCCACAUUCCUCAAGAAAAGAUCCUCCCUCGAAGAAGAGCAUGCGCAAGGUCUGAGGAAGCUGUCCCGCUCGCUUCAUGAUGCGGCACAUCGCACCGAGAAUCGCCAGGGCACCUACGGGACCAGCUACAAUGACCUCAAUCGCUUCCAUGAGCGCAUGGCAGAUCAUGGACUGCAAUUCGCCGUAUCGUUGCAGCAGAUGGCCGACGACCUGAAUGAGCUGGCCACAAACAUCGAACGUGGCCGCAAGCAAUGGAAGCAAACGGGUCUGAGUGCAGAGAAGAGGGUGCUCGAGGCGGAAGCGUCUGCCGAGAAGGCAAAGGCUAAAUACGAAUCGUUGGCUGAACAAUACGACCGGGUGAAGACGGGCGACAAGCAGGGUGGAAAGUUCGGUCUCAAGGGUCACAAGUCCGCUGCGCAGCACGAGGAGGAGCUAUUGCGCAAAGUACAGAAUGCGGAUUCGGACUACUCCACUAAGGUCCAGGCUGCACAGGCGGCUCGCCAGGAGCUGGUCUCAACCCAUCGCCCCCAAGCUGUGACGAACAUCCAGAAGCUGAUCUCAGAAUGUGACUCGGGUCUGGCGUUGCAGCUGCAGAAGUUUGCAACGUUCAACGAAAAGCUGCUGCUAGGCCAAGGACUGUCAAUUAGUCCACUGAAGGAUGGCACAGCGAAUCCUGCUUUGGCGCCAAAGAGCCUGUAUGAAGUCGUGUCGCAGAUCGACAACGAGAAGGACUUCCGUGACUACAUUCUUAGCCACGAGAGUAACCCGGCUGCAGUGGCAUCCGAGCAGAUCAGAUAUCAACGGCAUCCGACUCUCGGAGGCUCUGGGCCUGCUGCGCCUGUCUCUGCACCCACGACCCAGAAUAAACGACAGUCGACUUUUCUCCCUUCGUCCUUUUCUACACAGACCCUCUCCUCUCCACAAGCAGCAACGCAGCCGCCAGCGCCGGCACCAGGCCCGGCACCCGCACCCGCACCGGCGCCAAAUACCGAGCCGAUGCCUUACCAUCAAAACCCAGACUCCUUCAGAUCACCUCCUUUCCAACCACAGCCACCAUAUCCGACAAGCUCUUCGGGACCUCCAGAGCCGCAUCAUGCUGCAAGCCAGCCACCUGUACCGCCAGCGAAAACGCCACUGCAUGCGCCUGGUAAUGGUUUCCAGCCACACUUACCUCCUCUGAAGCCGGUGUUCGGUGUGUCUUUGGAGGAUCUGUACACCCGAGAUGGGACGGCAGUUCCCAUGAUUGUCUAUCAAUGCUUCCAAGCCAUUGAACUCUUUGGUCUUGAUAUGGAGGGUAUCUACCGUCUAUCCGGCAGUGCCACUCAUAUCAGCCAGAUGAAGGCAAUAUUCGACAAUGACUCGUCUCAGGUGGACUUCACCAACCCCGAGAACUUCUACCAUGACGUCAACAGUGUCGCGGGGUUGUUGAAGCAGUUCUUUAGAGACCUACCUGACCCUCUAUUCACAUCUCAUUUCUAUCAUGACUUCAUCAACGCAGCCCGCCUCGAUGAUGACAUCCAGCGUCGCGACUCUCUGCACGCGCUCGUGAACAACCUACCGGACGCCCACUACGCUACACUGAGAGCUUUAAUUCUGCACCUCAACAAAAUCCAGGAGCAUUACACGCAGAACCGGAUGAACGCAGGCAACAUCGCCAUCUGCUUUGGACCAACCCUCAUGGGCGCCAGCUCCGGCGGCAACAUCGCCGACGCAGGCUGGCAAGUCCGCGUCAUCGAGACGAUCCUAGUCAACACGUUCCAGAUUUUCGACGACGACUAGAUUUAUUCUCCGCGCACGACCAUGCCUAAUUCUGUUCGUUUUGGCCUUGCUAAACCGUGACCCAGUAUGUGGAUUUGCUUCCCCACAUCUCCCAUUUCUACUACGCGAAUACCACUCGAUUUAUUGCUUUUUUUUAUGUCGUCACUUGUUUGAUCGUUCUCUCAUCUUGGAAACCGAUUGGCUUCCGAGCUUGGAUGUGUAUAUAUGCGACUUAGUAAUACCUGCGUCGAGACACAGUAGAAUCUUCCUACCGCUUGCAC